UUUAUUUUUAUUGUUUAUUUAUACACAUUUAACUAAGCUAUUCUUACAUUUUGUAAUAAUCAAUAAUAUUUUUCUUAUACAGCAUUCAAUGCUGCUGGCUGUCUUGGAAAUUUCCCAGCAGUAUUUAUUUAUCUAGAUACUAUCACCAUUAAUCGAAUGGGAACAUGUCGAGCUACGAAAUACCGUCGUGGGCCGGCAAACCACCAACCGGAUUUCAUUUGGACGUUUUAAAAGAAGACAAGCUAGUGCAAAAACUUAUGGUGGAUGAAAAGAAAUUUUAUCUAUUUGGAAGAAAUUCUCAGCUAAACGAUUUUUGCAUUGAUCAUGCUUCUUGCUCGCGAGUUCAUGCUGCAUUUGUAUAUCACAAGCAUUUAAAUAUUGCCUACUUGGUCGAUCUGGGUUCAACACACGGCACGUUCAUUGGGAAAAUGCGUUUAGAGCCCCACAAACCAACACAGCUACACGUUAAUAGCAUUUUUCAUUUUGGAGCUUCAACGAGAAAUUACAUAUUACGCGAGAGGCCUUCUGCGGGGCAACGUAAUAAUAUUAUGGAAGACAUACCCAUGAGCGAAUCAAGUGACGGUGCUUUAUUGGGUCUGCCGGAAAGUCAAACAGAACUUGAUAAUCUCACGGAAUAUAACACAGCCCACAACAGAAGAAUUUCAAUGCUUGGAAUAGUUGAUGACAUAAGAAAGAAUAAAAAUUCACGAAAACGUCGAAAUGUUACAUUUAACGACGAAGAGAUUAUUAUUAAUCCUGAAGAUAUUGACCCUAAUGUCGGACGUUUUCGCAAUCUAGUCCAAAGUACAGUUGUGCCAGCCAAACGCGCCCGUUAUGAUGGAUCGAAUAUUGGCAUAGCGCCUUCACCUGUAACGCAUGCCAAUAAUCACCAAAUAUUCCAACACAACUAUCAGGAACAUGCUAAAAAUCUUCAAACCCCCAGUUCGCCCACAAGUAGUACAGCGCAAAAUAACACGCCAUCUUUGUACCAAGGGCUGCCUGCAGCUUCACAUGAAUCGCUUGCUGGUAGAAAUGAUAUCACCGGGCCUUUAGUUAUUGGGGCAAAAUUGGGUUUAUUGUUGCCAAAUCCUGCUCCAGAUGUAACGCCAGUAAUAAAUGAACCCACACCGGCUAGUAGUUCUGCAAAAACGCAAAAAUUGUCUAUGGCCAAUGCUAAUGUUCGCUACGAGGAUGCUAUUAACUCGGAGAGAACGGGAGCUGCUGGUCCACAAAAGAAAAAAUAUGCCAAGGAAGCAUGGCCCGGCAGGAAACCCAUGCUUGGUUCGUUAUAACAGACGUUUGUUUAAAUUUUAAUAUUUUAGUAAUUCUGCUAAUUAAUAAUUUCUUCUUCUCGAUGAGUGAACUAUAAAACCAUUGCAACAUGGUUAUAAUGCGCAAUAAAACACAAGUUUUAUAAAAGUCAAAAAACUUACAAAAGUCAACAAUUUAUUAAAAAAAAAAUAAAACAAAACACCAACACCUUAACUGCAACAAGUCA